AUGUCCUUCGACAUUUUCACCACCGACCUCUUGCCUCCAUUAGCAGAGUCCGGAACUCCAAGCUCGCCAGAAACGCUACCCAUUGUCAAAUUCUACCAACUGACGCAUGUACCAGCUGUCUCCUCUUCACAGCACUUUCUGCCACUAACAACUUGA